CCAGCUCCAGUUGUCUCUGGUGGCGACCGGCUUCUCCGAUGCCCUAGUGACUCGGCGUCGACAUGCCAGUCCCGAUUUCGCGCCAUCAUGAUUCUCCAAUUGGCCAUUAUUCUCUUCCAUUUCCUGACCGUUUUGUCUCGAAUGUCUGGUAGUCUCCGUGCCAGCCAAGCUCCGGUGAACCUCGAGAAACGGCUCUUGUGUCAUCAACAAAUUCAUUCUCCAUGCUGCUCUCGAGGUCCUGAUUUGUCGCCCACCCGCCGAAAUUGGUACGCCUCUACAGUUCUUAUGACACGUCGCAGCAAACUCAUAAGCUUUAUUUGUUUCCUUUCCUCAUUUAGUACCGCCUCUCUUCUUCACAUUUCCAUUCCAGAGGAUGCCCUAUUUGGUGGCUUUUCUGUCCACUCGCUCUUUCUCUCUCUCUCUCUCUAUGUGUGUUCACACCUCUUCAUCAUGCUAAUUCACUUUCACUUGCACACAUACACAUACACAGACACCACACGAGGGCCUCAUCUAAACGCAUCUAACGGUACUUGUUUUAUCCUCGAUCGGCUUAUUCGUUGGUGCCUACCGGCCGGUUGGUUGCCGACUGACUCGGUCGAGCGGGCCACAACACCAACACAACGCGUCUCUCCUUCAUUUUGUUUGCCCGGUGGCAUGGCAACCGGAUCUGCGAAAGGCCAAUGCUUGACCCACCUUCCCAUAUGCAAUAGCCCGGAUGGAUGCAUCUUGCCACGGUCCCGAGCAGACAUGGAUGAACGCACAUGCACAGUUGCUUGUCUCGAUGACUUUUUUCUGCGUCGAAAAAUUAUCAAGACGGUUUUGCCAUGA